AUGAACAAAUGGAACGGGUUUGGCGGCAAAGUUGAAACCCAUGAAACGAUUCUUGAUGCUGCUGCUCGAGAAUUGAAAGAAGAGUGUUGUAUCGAUGUUAAAAUAAGUGAUUUAAAGAAUAUUGCGCAUCUGGAGUUUACUUUUGAAGGGGAACCGUUACUUAUGGAUGUACGAGUAUUUACGACAAAUAUUUUCGAAGGCACGCCAAAGGAGACAGAAGAGAUGUUACCAAAAUGGUACACGGUUGAAGACAUACCUUUUAAUGAUAUGUGGCCUGAUGAUAAAUUGUGGUUUCCAUACAUGUUGAAAAAUAAAAAUUUCUAUGGUCGUUUCCAUUACAAAGGAUAUGAUAAAAUAUUGAACUACAAAAUUGAAGAACAUGAAUCUAUGGAAGCUUUUUAUGCCAAUCGUAAAAAUUAA